UAUAUCUCAAAUAAAGAGACGUUAAUUUGAAUCAUAGGCUAGCUAGCUACAUAGUUUGUUAAACUGUUGAGCUGUAGUAGCUAGCAGCUUGAUGUUGUUGUGGUUCUAGUUCUAGUUGUAAAAGCACACGUGUGUGAGCCCGACGAUUUGUGUUCGUACUGUCAGUCCUACACCUAGUUAGCAAUUGAAUUCAAAGGUGCUUUAUUGGCAUGGGAAACGUGUUUAUGUUGCCAACGCGAGUGAAAUAAACAAACAAAGAUCAAGUCAGACCCAGAGACACCUCCUUAGAUGGACUCUAACCUGAGAAUCGGCUUCAUCGGGGCAGGCAACAUGGCCUACGGGAUAGCCAAGGGAGUCCUGCAGUCUGGAUGUUUAAUUGCAGGAGAUGUCCCUCCCAGCAAUGUUAAAGUGAGCGCACCCUCCGCAAGGAACUUUGGUCGCUUUCAGGAGUUGGGUGUGGCUGUCACCCAUUCCAAUGCAGAGCUGGUCAGUAGCUGUGACUUGGUGUUCGUGGCGGUCAAACCACACCUCAUCACAACCGUUCUCAGUGAGAUCACAGACCACGUCACCCGGAAACACAUCAUCGUCUCCGUGGCAGCAGGUGUAACCUUGGCAACGCUUCAGGGGCUCCUGCCAUUUCACACAGUGGUUUUGAGACUGAUGCCCAACCUUCCCUGUCUGGUCCAGCAAGGGGCACUAUUGUUCUCGCGGGGGACGUGGGCGCGGCAAGAGGACGGGGAUCUGCUCCGCUCGCUGCUUCAACACUGUGGCCUGGUGGAGGAGGGGCCCGAGGCCUGGAUAGACAUCCACACUGGGCUCAGUGGCAGCGGGGUGGCCUUUGUGUAUCUGUUUGCAGAGGCGCUGGCUGAGGGAGCGGUGAAGAUGGGCAUGCCCAGUGCUCUGGCCCAUAGCAUCGCUGCUCAGACUGUAUUGGGGGCAGGCCAGUUGUUGAGGGACUCAGGGAAGCAUCCAGCCCAACUGCGUUCGGAGGUGUGUACACCAGGAGGCACCACUAUCUUCGGGCUUCAUGCCAUGGAGCAGGGGGGUGUGAGGGCCGCCACCAUGACCGCUGUGGAGACUGCAACUGAGAGGGCCAGGGAGCUGGGCAGGAAGUCAGUACCUACGGCCACAGAAAAUAGGAAGUGAAGCCGUUUUGGCCCACAGUAACUGAUUCAGGAAAUGUAUAUAUUUUGUUUGCUCUCUGCCCAAUGCCCACAGAAACCACUUCAGUCUUUAACUUUGUUACUGUUGGAGCCUAAUCUAACUACAAAUCUGACUGGAGGAGUUGUUCAAGGACACAUAGUGAUUGUGAAGAAUACACCAAGAUGCUUCAAAUCAGCGCUAAUCCAGUUAUCUUCAUAAUUUAUCAAUGUUCAUUUGAAUUAUUAAAGUGAAUUUAUUGGUA